AAUAUUAUUGCUACUAUUAUCUCUUUUCUUUUAUCGACGACACCGGAGGACUAACUGGUGAAAAGACCAACUAAAUUCGCAAUGGCAGCGCGACCUCAACACACCGCGUACUACAAACAACAUAUAAUUAAUCCCAGCGCCACUCCUUUUGGGAGUCAACCAAAGCUACGACAGUCGAGUGGUGGGACAAACUAUGCAGAACUUUACCGAAGUCCAGGAACCUUUACCUCACAAUCAAGAAGUGAGCACAAAGAAAUCAAAUUGGUUUACACUAGCUAGUAAAAACGAUAUUGGAAUAUAUAAGAAAUAAAUAACUUGGCUAUUAAGUAUUGGAAUUCAACUAUUUCAGUAUAUAUACGAAAUAAGCCGAAAGUAUAGGGUAACUGGAACUCAGAAGUGCCGCUGUUGUAAGUUCGAAUAUAAUGUCAACCUGGCCAAUCGCGGGCAACUCAGCCAGUGUUCAAAGGUGCAUGCUAGUUGCGCUAAAACGGCGUACGGUCGAUGUGUAAUGCAAUAGAAACCACUAUAAUGCCACUAAACAAGUUUCUCUUUCUUCUUUUUCAGAUAGAAACGUUGACGUGGCAUCACUGGAACAAGAGGAAGACCGGCUAUCUAGACUUGUUAUAAACGAUGAUAAUUAGCUUGUAACCCGGUUAAUUCAAGUCUCUUCCUCGCCGUCAUUGUCUUCUUCCUUGGUUAGUUGUGACUGAGGUCUGUGUGUGUUAUAGAUGCACCUGGCUACCAGGACUCCUAUGGAUUCAUUUACAUCAAAGAAGGCGGUAUUAUCCAAUUUAUCAACUUCUUCUCAAAUCACCGAUGAGAAUUCUAACAGUGAAUCAAUGAAUAGUACUCAUCUAACAUGUAAUAAUAGUCAAAUUCGUCAGGCAUUAAGCGAAUUAAGUAAUACAAUGGCAACAACAACAAUGACAGAAACAACGGCAAAAACAGAACAGUCUAAAUCACAAACAAGAUGGGCAGAAAUACUGCAUGAAUUCGAUCAACCAGAAUCAAACUCACUCACCAAUAUUGAUAAUUCAAGUCGAUCAUUGUUAGAUCAAAGUUUACUGAUAAGCAGUGAUACAUCUGAAGCAGUGACUGUUGAUAGCAUAAACCAGAAGUCAUUAGCAUUAUCAUCAUCAUCAUCAUUGAAAUCGCUUACAAGUCAUCCGUAUGAUUCAAUAUUAAAAGAUAAUAAAAGUUUGCCGCCGAUGCCGAUAGAUACGUCUAGUCGUCAUUCUAGUACCGUUGAUACAGAGAAACUAGGAGAAACUGGACAUACAACUGCGGAUUCACCACAUAUACCAAUUGAAGCAUUAAGUAAGCAUCUUGAUAGUCGCUUAUCAUCUAUGAUGUCUGAAUUAAACUGGUCUCAUAAUGAAUUACUGUACAAAUUUGCUCAACUUGAAUGUAAACUUGAUCAAACGAAUAAACUGUUAGUACAAAUGAAGGAGGAACAUGAUCUGCUGCGAUUGACAUUGAUGACUAGACAUAGGAUUUUUUAAAGAUAUUUUUUUCAUAACCGUUUUGUUUAUUUUUCCACCCCCGUCUUUCUUUCUCUCUCUCUCUCUUUCUGCUGUCACCAUUUUUGUUAUUCAAAGUUAUUAUGUACACCCUUCUGAUUUUGCAUUUUAUCUUACACAUACACGCAUUUGGGCAUUUUGUCUAGUGUAAGAAAAAAUUUUUUGAAUACAAUGUUAGCAUUUAAGGAUUCUCACAAUAUUCAUGAGUCAUUUGUUUUUUGUU